UAGAGCAAGAAAGAAGAUGGUGUUGGCGCUAAACUCAAACUCGUUAUCUCUUCUUGCCCGAAGCCCUCGAGCUACUGCCUCUUAUGGCAGAGUUUCAAACCUCAUUUUCAGGGCUUUCUCCAACUCUGCGGCUUCAAACGCCCGGCCAGAACCAAUUCCCGGUCACCAAAUCACUAACUACUCCGGCGUCAAACUAGAGGAAACCGUGGAACCCAAUUCGGGGAAGCUCAGACUCGACUCUUGGAUCUCUUCUCGCAUUGAUGGCGUGAGCCGAGCUCGAGUUCAGUCCAGCAUUCGUUCUGGACUCGUCACUGUUAAUGGCCGCAUCAUUGAUAAGGUUUCGCAUACAGUGAAAAGAGGGGAUAAAGUUAAUUGCACGAUUGCUGAAUUGCAGCCUUUGACAGCAGAACCAGAAGAUAUGCCACUGGACAUUGUUUAUGAAGAUGAUCAUGUGCUUGUUGUUAACAAGCCUGCACACAUGGUUGUUCAUCCAGCACCUGGCAAUGCUACUGGAACGCUUGUGAAUGGAAUUCUUCAUCAUUGUAGUCUUCCCAUAGCAUCAUUCCCCUAUCAGGAAGUGCUUUCUGAUGGGGAGGCUGCUUUUGAUGAUGAGUUGAGUACCUUCUCUUCUGAGCAAGAUUACGUUGGGGGUGACUAUUCUGCUAUAGGAGAGGCGUCUAUUCGCCCAGGAAUAGUGCACAGAUUAGACAAAGGAACCAGUGGAUUGCUUGUUGUAGCCAAGGAUGAAUAUUCUCACGCUCAUCUAGCAGAGCAAUUCAAGAAGCAUAGCAUUAAGCGAGUCUAUGUUGCUCUUACUUGUGGAGUGCCCACACCGGCUUCAGGACGCAUUGAUAUUCCAAUAGGUCGUGAUCCAAACAAUAGGCUUCGUAUGGCUGCUAUCUCUGGGCUUAGCAAGAAUGGGAAAACCCGUCAUGCUGCUAGUAGAUACAAAGUGAUUGAAAUACUUGCUGGUGGUGGAUCUGCCUUGGUUGAAUGGAGACUGGAAACUGGACGUACUCAUCAGAUCCGAGCACAUGCAAAGUACCUUGGCAUCCCCCUGCUGGGUGAUGAGGUUUACGGAGGAACAAAGAGCAUGGCCCUCUCAUUGCUUCAGCAAAGGAACCCUUCUGAGUUUCACGGAAAACUCCUGCAACUAAUCUCUAGAUUGGAAAGACCUUAUCUCCAUGCUUUAACUCUUGGGUUUAGGCAUCCCAAAACAGGGGAGAACGUACACUUCACUCAGCUACCACCAACCGAUUUUGCUGAGAUUUUAAGUGACCUUCGCACCAUUAGCACAGAGAAGGUGUCCUGAAAGUAUCAUUCUUUGCCAUGCCAGUGAUGGGAUCUCCAUACAAUUUUGUCCGUCACCAAGUGAAGUUGGCAUUAUGAAACAAUUCUUUUUAAUUAAAAAGGCCAUACGCCCAUACUACAAGGUUCCAAGUUCGAUUCAUAAGAGUUGUUGGUUUGAGCCAGCCAAUUGAGCAACGUAGUGUGAUUGACCUCUUUGUGAUUCAUUGCCAACUAAGAUCACAUGACAGACUUCAUUCAGUGCAUACAUUCGGAUAGUAGUUGCAAACUUUCUCUGGAAUCAAGGCUUCUUUAAGCAUCUUAGUCCUGUUAUAUAUUAUAGAUUUGUCAAAGAUUAUGUUUUUUUCUAAAACUGUAUACUUUUGCUGCUGGAGAACAUCAAGAUAUUAGUCCAUUUUCUCCUGUUAAAAGGAAAUAAUGUUUCUUCAUAUUCUGAGAAAAAUUUCAGGUAAUUGUAAUUGUAUGCAGAAAGAGAAUUUUGUAUUGAA